CAAUUUUAAACCAAAAUGAAAGAGGAUGAAAGGUAUAUAAUGAAGCCAGAGGAUCUCUAACAAAGUCCUCCAUUUCAGGGGAAAGAUAACUAAGGUGGGAGUCAGCAUCAGAUUCAGAUUAGCAGAUCAAUAUUUUUAACCUUUACUAAGGCAGUUUGUUUCUUGAUAUUGACUGCAGUAGAGCAAGCACUUUUAGAUUUUUAUUCCACCAUGUUUCUGAAAAGAAACACCUGUUUGCUGGUCUUUCUGUUUUGUUCUCUGACCUUGUGGUGCAAGUCAACCAAUGCCGGUUCAAGCUUUCUCAGCCCUUCUCAAAAACCUCAGAGCAGGGGGAAGCCGUCCAGAGCCGGCCGCCAAGUCAUGGAGGAGCCUAAUCAACCCACUGAGGACAAUCACAUCACAAUAAGUGCCCCGUUUGAAAUUGGCAUCACUAUGAGUGGAGAGGACUUUGAGGAGUACGGUGUCCUGCUGCAGGAGAUCAUUCAGCGUCUGCUGGGAAACACAGAGACAGCAGAAAGACCAGCACAACCUUGAAGAUCAUGGACAAGAUUUUCAAAUUUUCUGUCCCAAUGUCUUCUAAUUUCAACUUCAUUAGAUAGUGAUCAUUAAAAUGCUGAAAGCAAUUAGCC